AUGCUCUAUGAUUGGCUGAAGAGGAACUUUCGCAGGGAUCAGCUGAAGAGGAACCUGCACAGGGAUCGGCUGAUGAGAAACCUACGCAGGGAUCGGCUGAAGAGGAACCUUCGCCGGGAUCGGCUAAAGAGGAACCUGCGCCGGGAUUGGCUGAUGAGGAACCUGCACAGGGCUUGGCUGAUGAGGAACCUGCACAGGGCUCGGCUGAUGAGGAACCUGCACAGGGCUCGGCUGAUGAGGAACCUCCACUGGGAACCUGCGCAGGGAUCGGCUGAUGAGAAACCUGUUCCGGGUUCGGCUGAUGAGGAACCUGUGCAGGGAUCAUCUGAAGAGGAACCUGCUCCAGGAUUGGCUGAAGAGGAACCUGCCCCGAGAUCAUCUGAAGAGGAACCUGCCCCGGGAUUGGCUGAAGAGGAACCUGCUCUAGGAUCAGCUGAAGAGGAACCUGUGCAGGGAUUGGCUGAAGAGGAACCUGCUCUAGGUUCGGCUGAAGAGGAACCUGCUCUAGGUUCGGCUGAAGAGGAACCUGCUCUAGGUUCGGCUGAAGAGGAACCUGCGCAGGGAUCGGCUAAAGAGGAACCUGCUCUAGAAUCGGCUGAAGAGGAACCUGCGCAGGGAUCGGCUGAUGAGGAACCUGCGCAGGGAUCGGCUGAUGAGGAACCUGCGCAGGGAUCGGCUGAUGAGGAACCUGCCCUGGGAUCGGCUGAUGAGGAACCUGCCCUGGGAUCGGCUGAGUAGGAACCUGCGCAGGGAUCGGCUGAUGAGAAACCUGUUCCGGGUUCGGCUGAUGAGGAACCUGUGCAGGGAUCAUCUGAAGAGGAACCUGCUCCAGGAUCGGCUGAAGAGGAACCUGCCCCGAGAUCAUCUGAAGAGGAACCUGCCCCGGGAU